AUGAUGGUUCAGGCGUCGUGUGCCUUCCUUACCGAGUUGUCACAGCAGAGUUCUCAAGACAUCUUUGCAUUGCCUCUUUUGGUGAACAUGUUGGAUGAUGGUACCUCUGGCAGCAACAGGAUACGGAUCUCAAAGCAAGAACACUGUACGUUGGCUCAAUGGUAUGCAUGGAUGGUAUUGGAUCUACAAAGCGAAACCUGUUAA